UUUUUUUCUUUCUCUGGUGCAGCAGCAAAGAUGUCGACCACAGAGCAAUACAACCGCAGAAAAUACAAUGGCGAGCAAGAGCCCGACCUCGAAAAGCAAGAACAACAACAGCAGCAGCAGAUACCGCAACAGCAACAACCGGAACGGCAACAGCAGGCAAAUGGCAACAAUCAACCAAGCUCGCAACCGGAUUCUCCGCCUAGCCCUCCCGAAAGUGCUAGUUUCAGGGACAGGAUCGCACAUUUUACAUGGCCAUGGUUCGCGUGUACAAUGUCCACUGGGGCAAUAGCCGUAGUGCUAGCGAACACGCCAAACAGAUUCAGUGGACUACAGACAAUUGGUAGCAUCUUUUUCAUCCUCGACCUGGUCCUAUUCGUCACAUUCACCGCUUUCAUGGGCCUGAGAGCGUUCUGGUAUCCACGAAGAUUCCUGGCCUCGUUGCAUCAUCCUACCGAAGGAUUGUUCUUCGGAGCCUACUGGGUCUCGGCGGCGCUCAUACUGAACGCCACGCAGUCUUACGGUGUCCCGAACUGCGGUCCAUGGCUCGUCGAGGCACUGAGGGUCCUGUUCUGGGUGUAUUGCGCCGCCGUCUUGAUUGUCGGCGUUGGGCAGUACUAUGUGCUUUUCCAGAAAGAGCGCUUGAAGAUCACAGAUGCAAUCCCGGCCUGGAUCUUUCCAAUCUAUCCACUACUCGUAAUUGGGACCAUGGCCGGAACGAUGAUUCCUUCUCAGCCAGAGGAUUCUCAGUUCCGAAUGUGGAUCGCCGGUGUGGCGUUGCAGGGGCUGUCUUGGACAGUCGCCCUCAUGAUGUACACCCUGUACACUCAACGAUUGAUGACGAGCUCACUGCCGGCGCCGCCGACACGGCCUGGAAUGUACGUCUCGGUUGGCCCGGCAGGUUACACCAGCGCCGGGCUCAUCUCCCUCGGGACGCAAGCCUCCAGUGUGGUACCCGAGGACACAUUCAACAUCAGCAAUCUUCCCGACGGCGAUAUCAUACGGGUGAUAGGGGUAGUCAGUGGCCUCUUCAUCAUAAUAUUCGCCUUUUGGUUCUUCUGCAUAACGACCAUCGCCGUCAUAGCCGGUAGUCGAGAGAUGCACUUCACACUCAACUGGUGGGCUUUUAUCUUUCCAAAUGCCGGUCUCACACUUGCAACCAUUCAGGCUGGUUCCGCAUUGUCUAGCCCUGCUAUCAACGCUAUAGCAAGCGCCAUGACUAUCAUCCUAGUAAUUUUCUGGUUGCUCACUGCUGUCUUCAAUAUACGUGCGGUGUGGCAGGGCAAAGUAAUGUGGCCUGGGAAGGACGAAGACAAAGACAUGUGGAAUCUGGGCUGGGGGAAGUUGAGUGCCUAAGUCCGUGGGACACUGUAUUAAAUAGCGAUAUGUGCUUUUUCGCUCCCAUUGGUGGUACUGGCCUUGCCAGAAGACCUGCAUAAAAGCCAUUAAAAUAGAUGUAAUGAAAUGUGAAGAACACGAUGUUAGGUAUUGAC